AUGGCGAGCGGCGACACGCUGGACGAGUUCACAGGCAAGCUCGGUGGCAUGGCGGCUCUCUACGCGGCGCUCGGUUCGACGCUGGAGGACGCCGCGUUGGUGAAGAAGCUGCUCGACUCCGUGCCGGACCGCUUGUACGCGGCGGUGGCCGGGAUCGAGCAGUUUUGCGACGUUUCGACGAUGCCGUUCGAGGAAGCACUCGGGCGGCUGAAGGCGUUCGACGAACGGCUCCGAUGGCGUGGACAGGCAGACGGCGAGCGAGCGGACGGCGCUCUCAUGUUCACGGCGGCACAGUGGCGCGCGCAGGAGCGACAGCGCGGCGGAGCUCGGGACGACGACGACGGGGCGCGCAGCGAGGCGUCGGGCUUCCGCGGGAACCAGGGCGGCCGCUGCUACAAGUGCGUUGAACGUGGGCAUUUCAAGCGCGAGUGCCCGCAGUGGAAGAAGGCGCCGGCGGCGGAGCGGGCCUUGCUGGUGGACGACGGCGACGUCGAGGACGCCGGGCUGCUCUGA